AUGAGUGAACAGGACACUUUUACUGGGUUGGUAUCGGCAACUCUAGCCACUGCACUUUAUGGAUCUUGCUAUGUGCCAGUACGAUGGUUCGAAGCCGGUGACGGAAUGUACUUUCAGUGGUUGAUGUGUAUAGGUCAACUGCUUGCUGGAGUGGGCGUCCUUGCUCUCACCGGUUGGCCACCAAUUUACCCUCUGGCACUGUGCGGCGGAAUGUUCUUUGCUAUUGAUUAUGGUUUGUCGUUAAUUGAGCUCUUUGAAGGAAAUGCGCUCACUAUUACAAUAAUGGAUGGAAUAGGCAUGGCCGUCGGUUCGUUACUGUGGAAUACAGUAACAUGUAUCAUUGGCUGGGCUGUAUCCCGAUUUGGAUUAUUCGGGAGCCUCAAAAAAGUGCCUUAUGAUAAUGUAAUGAAUAUCAUCGGAGUCGUCGUCGUAUGUAUUGGUGCCAUACUUCUCACCAUAGUCACUGGUUGCCUAUACGGAAACAUGAUGACGCCGAUGAACUAUUUGAUUAUGCAGAGCGGAACUUCGGGUGAUUCGCUCACAUAUACAACAUUUUUCUUUUCUUUCUGUAUAGGAGCACUGGUUACGUCAACAACAAUCUUCACGUGUUAUUCAUUAUACAGAAGAAAUAGACCAUUCAUCAAUCCUGAACUUACUGUUCCUUCUUUAUCAUCGGGUUUGAUGUACGGAACCGCAACAUUCUUCUUUUUUUCAGCGAACCAGCACCUUGAUCCGAUAGUCGCGUACCCGAUUCUGGCGAAGGCACCUGGCAUCGUGUGCUCAGUUUGGGCUAUCCUGUUAUUCAAAGAAAUUAAAGGUCGCUGGGAUGUUUUGCAUUUGACCGCUGGCAUCUGUGUUACGCUCAUCGGUAUC